AUGUUGAUAUUCGCAUACUGUAUAUAUACACUUUGUGUCAAGAAGCGUCAGACUCAGACCUCUCUCCACUCCCUCCAUGUCAAUCUUGUCCUCCGUUGCUUCAGCGCGAUCUAUUUUGUCCCCAAGGUCAAACGGUCAUGCUCUGGUAGAUCAAUUUGGAGUUUUAUCUCCAGCUGUUCAAAGCGCUUCACAAUCGAAGUCGUCCCGCCGACGUCUAGCAAUCAUGAUAUUUUGCUCGUCGAUUCGGACGAAUUAUUCACGAAGCACACCGUCUCUGAAGCGAGAGCGGUGCAACAACGAUUGAGGGCUGAUGCCGAUGCUAAGCAGGAGGAAUUGCGUCUUAUGGUUGGCGAACGUUACCGGGAUCUCUUGCAAGCUUCGACUUCCAUUAUUGCAAUUGCGAAAUCGUCUCAUCGCGUAUUGGACGCUAUUGAGCAAAGUCGAGGGACGAUUGUAUCUCAGAGUGGUCUUCCUCCUCCGGAUACCGUCCUCUUAGAUGGCGUAGAUGACAGGCAUUUAUACACACUACAGGUUCUUGCUGCCCACAUGAAGCUGUUACUCGACGCUCCUGAGCAUUUAUGGCGCCUGAUAGAACGAAAAAAAUACCUACAGGCUGCGUGGUUGUUUCUACUAGCUCGUGUCGUCCACCGAGCCCUUGUGCGACAUGACGAGACUGAGGACCAACCAUGGGUCAGCGAGGGUGUGGAUGUGUCAACGGAAUUUCCGUUGGUUCAGAGGCAAUGGGACGUGGUAUCACAGUUUCGGUCGCAAAUUAUUCACAAAUCUACCCUGGCGUUGCGAGAAGCGUCGGCCUCAACUGAGGACACAUGCGCAACUCUCGUAACAUUGCAUUUAUUGGACUCCCGACCGUUGAAUGACACCCUCGCUGCUUUGCUAUCUCAGAGGUCAAAAACACUACAAUCAGUUCUUUCAUGGAUUCCAGACUCCCAGCUGGGCGACAAGGACCGAGCAACGAAACCGAGCAAAGGUCACGCGGCGAAUGCCGGAUCUAUACCAGUGAGAGAAGUCACGCAGGCUAUGAAGAAGGCUUUCAGUGCGAUAGCCCGAACAACAUGUACCGCUAAAGCCAUUUUUCAACAAGAAGGAACCAGUCCCCCUCUCAUCGUUCGCGUCUUGGACUCGAUACAAGCUGAUUCGUCUCAGCUUGGUUUCGACCCAAAAGAUUUACCUGAUGAACUCCGACUAUCUACACAAUCUCUCCUGACUCAACUCACGUCUUCGGCCAACUUCCAGUUGCUUCCUUCACACCUGCGGUCAUAUCGGCCAUAUGUUGAUUUGACCUCGUCAUCGACGUCUCUAAUCGAAACCCAUUUUGCACAACGCCUUCAAGAAUGGUUUCGAAAAUCAACGGACGGGUGGCAAACUGCCGCUCGCAAGUGGUUUUCUGGCCUACUCGUUGUGAAGGACGUCUGGUCCCUACGUACAUCAGUGAGGAAACGCAUUAUGACCUCCGGCCUGGACAGUAAAGAGAAAGAUUAUGUGCUUGCAAGUAUCGAUGAUGUCUGCCAUGAAAGAAUCAAUGGCAUUUGGAAGAAAGCGCUCUCGGAUGCAGAGAACGAAUUCAAGGUGUGCAUACAUGAUUCGACGUCCUCCGAGAGCUUCACAAAAGAUCCGUCACCUCCAGAAUUUCUCUUUUCACCACCACCGAUACCAGUGCUAUCUCAAAGCAGCAAAGCCUUUGCUGAUACCCAAUUCCAAAAAUAUCAGCUGGCAUUUAAACGCCAGCUUGUUGGUCGUUCUUUGCAACUAGAUGCUGUAUUGUCGACACUUGAGCAAUGUGCGCGAACGAUUCAGCAGGAUAUUUUACAUGUGAAGCUCCAUGGGGAUGGGAAACGAAUGCCACUUGUAGACCAACUUAAAAUCAAUUACCAACCUGCUGCGCAUAAUCUUUCUUCUAAUAUUGUUGCUAUAAUUCGUCAAACAACCACUGAUUUCAUUCAAGGCCAUGUCUCCGAUGCAGAACAGCUUGCUUUUCUGAGUCGAUUGACGGAAGCCCUGUCAUCUUCGGCUUUUGUUGAGGAUAUUGGUUGUUCUCCUGAAGCAGUGAAAGACUUCAGAAGAGAGGUAGCGUCUCUGAACAACACAGCCCUUCAGAAGUGGCGCGAGGUCAUCACCUCAAGAAUUGUCAACGAAAACAAACCCUCGAUCCAAAAGUAUUCGUCACUGGUUAUUGGCUCAUCACCCGACCUUCUCCAAUCGCUGCUUUCGAUUGCUGACGAAAUUCGUCACGUUGGGGUGGUCUUUGAUUCUAAUCGACAAAGUGUCAUUGUUCAAGAGACUCUACGUAGUUUCGUUAAGCUGUGGGCUAAAGAAAGCUCGAAGGUGGCCAAUGAACAAAAUAUUUUUGACCUGGCUUUCCUUCGGAAUAUAUCCGGUAUUUAUGGGCAGUCAUGGGAGGAGGUUUCGGAGAUUCUAGACACGGGAUUGAAAACUCUAACACCAGGCAGUGGGAAACGCGCAGAGAUUGAGACUGCCGCAUCGGAAUACCUUUUACGGAUGCAGACAAUGCUCUCAUCACUACUUCCUGCCCCUCCCGCCCUGUCCUUUGAUGCACCUCUCUUGCAAUUCGGGAACCCUCCGAUAAACCAAAACUAUCACAAUGCCCUGGAAUUGGCGAAGCCGAGCCCGAGGUUUGGGAUGCUGUUAGUGGGUAAUGUAGAGCCAUAG